ACUGCACAUUGCCCGUCGCGAUCCGCGAAGCCUACAACCGCCGCGCCGGCGCCGCGGAACGGCAGAGCCCUAAACCCCACGGGCCCCACCCGCCCUUCCUCGCCGACAUGGCCGACGCCACCGGCCAGCCCCCGUACGGCGAAGAGCACCGGUCUGAAGGCGGCUCCCGGCGCGUCUACACGCCGUGCCAGGCGGAGGGCCUCAACCUCUCCUCGCUCGGCGAGCUCUACGACCUGCCGACCUCGCCGGAGCUCCUCUUCGACAAGGAGCGCCGCGAGGGCCACACCUGGGGCGAGAACCUCACCUUCUACGCCGGCUGCGGCUACCUCGCCGGCCGCGCGUCGGGCGCGGCCGUGGGGCUCCGCCGCGGCGCGGCGCAGUCCGAGGGCGGCGAGACCGCCAAGCUCCGCGCCAGCCGCGCGCUCACCCAGUGCGGCGCCGUGGGCCGCACGUACGGGAACCGGCUCGGCAUCAUCGGGCUGCUCUUCGCGGGGGUCGAGAGCGGAGCGGCCGGGCUGCGCGGCGCGGACGACUGGAAGAACACCAUCGCCGGGGGGCUGGGGGCUGGCCUGCUCUACCGCGCGGGGGCCGGGCCGCGGUCCGCGGUCUUCGGUUGCGUCAUCGGGGGACUGAUGGCCGGCGCAGCCGUCGUGUGGAUUCAAGCUCUCGAGAGAUACGUGCCUGAUCUGAAGUUAUAAACCGGCCGAAAGCCUGACGUGCUAGUAACUUUCGACCUACCGGCAGUACCGGGUUGAGUUCGGCAGUAGAAAUUAGGCUAGUUAAGGUAUUAUUAUGCACAUGGAAUUAGUACAAUUUUCCAAGCUUUGCUGAUGACUACAUUCCUAGGGUGCCAUCUCUGUCCUGAAUUCGAUAAUGGUGGGUAUGUUGAUCCAUGGAUAUCAAGAUCGUACUAGGAAUGGUCUUGAAGAUUCAAGUUGAAUGCUUUAUGCUCUUUAUAUAUCUAUAAUCGAGUUAUGGCUUCCCUUGAAA